GUCCAAAGAGGCGGUUCCAGCUUUUGAGAAAGCUCGCCAGGGUUUGUUUCCUCGAGAUCCGCGCGCGAGACGCCAUGGCGCCGGAGCUCGCUGAAGCUCUCCGGGGCCUUUGCCGUCGCCAUGGCUGGACUUACGCUGUUCUCUGGGGCUCAGAUCCCCGAGAUCCAAGGGUGUUAAUUAUGAAGGAUAGCUGCUACCUGGAAGAACAGAUGAGGAACAUGAUUGAUGGUAUGCGCAAUCAGGCUUACAUUGUUGGACAAGGAAGCAUAGGGGUGGCUGCUCUAAGUGGAAGGCACCAAUGGAUAUACUCUGAUGUCUGUCCUGCAGAAUUAAACUCACAAGGCCCAAAUGACAAGUUAGAAGUGUUGCGGGGUAAUUCUGAGUGGCAGCAUCAGUUUUCAGCUGGAGUUGGGACAAUUGUCAUCAUCUCUCUGCCAUCGUUCGGUGCACUUGAAUGUGGUUCAGAUAAAAAGAUAACUGUAAGUAUGGAAUUCGUAGAUCAAGUUGCACAUCUAUUUCAGCAGCUUGAGAGUAUGAGAGGCCUCCAGCAUGCGGAUAUUCCUCAAUCUAUAAAUGUCUACAACACAUCUUCAACAGCCGUUUCUGCAAAUUCCUCGGAUGUCUCUUGUUCAUACUACAAUGCAACCAAUUCCUUUCAUGAUGAAAGCUGUGAAGAGCUAAUGGCAACAGCACUGCUUUCAAAGACAUCUUUUCAUUCCUCUAGUGUUCUCUCUCAGAGAUUUGACCAUAGCUGUCAAUCUCGAGAAAUCAUUGGUGAGAUGAAUCCUCAAGUAUUGGGCAUGCCAAUAAUCUCUCAUUCGGCAUGCAUAGCCAAAGAUGCCAAUAAUCCCAUUCAAGACACUGCCCCCUUAUUUAGGAAUUCAUCCAAUUGCAUCACAAAACCAUCUCAAGGAGCUGCUACCGACUAUGCUGAAACUCAAGUAUUUUUUUCACCUAACUCUCUUUUAACACCUACUUCAUCUGUUCCUGAUAAUUCAGAGGUUAUCUGCUCAAGGGCAGAUAAUUGGUCCAAAACCCUUGCUGCAAGUCAAAGACAGUUGCCAGCCAUUGGCAUUCAAGCCUUUCCAAGUAUGUCUUUGAUUAAAUCCUCUUCGUCCAUUCCUUAUAUAAAUGCUUUCUAUAGUGGCGAUCCAUCCUUGUCUUAUAACACAUGUAAUUCGCCGGGUAUGGUUCUCAAUUCUAAACCUUCUAAUCUAAGCAAAUCUUGCCUUCCUGAUGUAGAUACAUUAUUAGAUAUGACACACUCUUCUUCAUCGUUUAUCCCAAUGACCAUUGCUGAUAUAUCAUCUGAUAAAUCUUCCUCAAUGCGGUCCUUUCCUCCAAAGCUUCCAAAUAGUUUUGUUUCUCAGGUUUCGAGAUCUGAUCAUACUACAUUGAGUGAUUCUAAAGAGAAUGAAACUCUUACUAGAAACAAUCUGGCAAAUCAACCACCGGAAAAGGUAACCACAUCGUUGUCUCUGCUACCAAAGGACAAUCAGUUGCAAGUAACUUGUUCAUCAUCAAAUCUGGUUGGAAUUGAUCCAUUACCAAGUGGGCCAGUUGAGAACUCUGAUACAGGUGCAGUGAACUCCUUGGACGCAGGUAGUGAUAGGAAAAGGAAUUCCGCAGAUGCAUCUCCUCAGAUGUUACAUGAUACGGAAUUGUUUGAUGUCAUGGACUUGGAUCUAAGCCCAGGUACUUUAGACCUGGAACAAUGGGAAACAAUCAUACCAAGCAGUUGCACAAACUUGAACAAAAGUGUCUCAGAGCUGGAAAAAGGAUCUUUCCCCGAGUUCGGUGAACCACAGUUAUUGGAUGUGGAUGUUGGAAAUAUCAAUGUAGCACCUGGGCAUUUUUCUGUCUCCUCUAAUUUCUAUGCUGCUCCUAAUCCUCAUCCUGAGUAUCAAACAUACAGAGAACAUGUUCCCCUGGUAGGCCUCCCUCGUGUUGAUUUCUCUGUGCCUGAAUGCAACUUAGAGAAGAUCAUGCAUGGGUCUCCAAAAGAAGCAACCUCAAUGUCUCAUAGCAAUUUGUGGAUUGAUGAAAGUUGCAGUGUCAAUGCUGAAAGUGCGGUUACAAAUCAUCCUAAAAAGUCUGAAGAAGCCACAAAGGUUGCAAAGAGAAGGGCAAGACCAGGAGAAAGUACUCGUCCAAGGCCGAAGGAUCGUCAGCUUAUUCAAGAUCGCGUAAAGGAAUUGAGGGAGAUUGUUCCCAAUGGUGCAAAGUGUAGCAUAGAUGCGCUGCUGGACCGAACUAUUAAAUAUAUGCUUUUCAUGCAAAGUGUGAUGAAGUAUGCAGGCAAGCUGAAGCAGGUUGAUGAGCCAAAGAUGAUUGGCGAUGAGAGUGGUGUCAUCCUCAAAGACAAUUCUGGCGGCGGUGGAAGUGGUGCCACUUGGGCAUUUGAAGUUGCUGGUCAGACAAUGGUCUGUCCAAUUAUAGUUGAGGACCUCAACCCUCCUGGUCAAAUGGUAAUCGAGAUGCUCUGUGAAGAACGUGGGUUGUUUCUUGAGAUAGCAGACAUCAUCCGUGGAUUCGGCUUGACGAUACUGAAGGGAGUUAUGGAAAGUCGUGAUCAUAAAAUAUGGGCUCGAUUUUUGGUUGAGGCAAACAAGGACCUCACUCGAAUGGACAUAUUUCUUUCACUUGUCCAGCUUCUCCAACAAACAAACACUGUUCAGUCUAGUGACCAACUCUCAAAGGGUAUCGACAAGGCAACUCCAGAAUUUGCCACCAGCCAGCAGACCUCCAUGCCUAUACCUGUUUCGCUGGCUGAUAGGUUGCAAUGACGGGAAAACUCAUCGGUUUGUGAGUUGCCUUCAAUGGGUCAUAAACUCACAAAUGACCAGUUGUUAAGCCAUCCUUAACCAAUGGCUUCGAGGAUUUUCCACCUUACAGUGCUUCAGAGGAAAGACAUUCUUCUGGAAAAACCAGCCAUCUUCGAAGCUAUUUGAAGGAGUACAGCUGAAAGUGCUCUCCCAAACUAUGCAGUCAGCAUUCAUCUGUAUUUUUGAAGGAGAAUGUUUCUGCUGAAAUGUUCGAUCCACGGAAAGGUUCUGAAGCAAAUGGCAGGCCAAUCUCUGGUUCAUCAGAGAUGGGAGAAAGCCAAUCAGCUGAUGGAUGUGCUUACAAGUUUGCAUAGAUUCUUCCGUUGUUUCCUGGUGGUUAUUUCAAGGGUACAUAUCCGUUGAUUCAUGGUCACUCUGAAGAUGUUUCAAAGAGUGAUCGGUUCAUCAUAAUUUAUUAAUUUCUCUCGUGUAUCUAUUAAUGAAAAAAACAUGAAAUGCUAAUGUAGAUACUCAGGAUUGAUGAAAUGGGGGUGUGCAGGCUUCAUGCGGUAAUUAAUGGAUGUUUCAUGUGUUCCAGUAAUGUUGGCAAUGCAUCUCAUCACAGCUGCCUUAUUUGUUGAUUCUUAAAGUAAAACAAUGAAUUCAUGCAGUGGUUAAUGAAGUUGGCUUCUUGGCAGACGGAGCAUUUCAA